AUGGCCAGUACCGAUAGUGCUGCUUUGCGCAAGCCUUAUCAGGCAGCCCUGAACGACGAUUGGAAAUCUCUGAAGGACUUCUACGAGAAACGUUCUAAUUUGCUGUCAUUUCCUGUAACGCCCGCCGCGGACAAUGCGUUUCACUUGGCAGUGUUCAGCAAAAGCAGUGAACCCCUUAAAUCUUUACUUGAUUUUUCCAAAGGUAAAGAUAUUAUUAUGUAUUCCUAUUUAGAAAAAAAUGGCUACGGGAACACACCUCUUCAUGAGGCUGCAGCCAAUGGGAACCUGAAGGCCGUAAUGGCCUUGGUCAAUCAUAAUAGUGAGCUCUCCAGGGAAGCAAAUGUAGUGGAAAAUGAGAAUGAGUUCCUUGCUGCUGUGAAUAAGAAAGGCGAAACUCCGCUGUUUAAAGCUGCCGCUUUUGGGAAAAUAGAAGUGGUGGAGUAUUUAGCUUCAAAAUCAUCAAAAACUGAGACCGGGAGAGGAGUAUCUAAGCUUAAAGACGUUCACCGCCAAAACAAGCGCAAUAUGCCUGGUGCCAACGAAAAAGAAGGAAUGCAGAAAGUGCCUGAUGCCUCCAUUCUGCACGUUGCCAUCGCUGGAAACCAUUUUGAAACGGCUCUAUAUUUACUGAAUCUAGAUGAAUCGUUAGCCACAAUCAAGGACGGAAAUGGCUUGAGACCUCUUAACCUACUAACAACCAUGCCCUCAGCUUUUGAAAGUGGAUAUCGAUGGGGCACAUGGAUACACAGAGUCUUCUAUUUCUACCUUCCAAUCGGUGAUGAUGCAGAUGAUGGUAAAAAAGCUACUAAAAAAUUUUCAAAGGUUUUCUCUUCAUCACUAUUGCUCAUUGAUCACCUUCUUUUCUCCAAAACAUGGAUAGUAUGGCUUAUAUUACUGGAAAAAACAUGUGCACUAGUAAGCGGUGACAUCUUGGAAAAAAAGAGAAAUCAUAAACUUGCUUUCAAACUAGCGGAGAGACUAAUAGAAAAAGAUUCUUUUUGGGAGCUGGCACCAGAUUCUCAAUUUGAGGAAGACGAGACUAUACCUCCCACAGGAGAUGCAGGAGAUAAUAGGCCAACCGCGUUAUUGCUGGCUGCUGAAAAAGGAAUAGUAGAGAUUGUGGACAGGAUACUAAAAGUAUGUCCACAGCUAGUUGAGCAAGAAAAUAAUCUGAAUCAGAACAUAUUGCAUGUGGCAAUUAAGCACCGUCAAUAUGACAUCUUCAAUCGUGUGAAAAAUAUGAAAAUACCGAUGACAAGGUUAGUCCGAAAGGUUGACAGAUAUGGCUACACCUUUUUGCACCAUGCUGCAAUCGUGGAGCCAGAGAAUACAAGGAUUCACCCAGCGGGACCUGUAUACCAACUCCAGGAAGAGAUAAUGUGGUAUAAGGUAAGCCCCCUGCCCUCUUUCUCCUACAAGAUUUUUAACUGAUA